AUGUCUGUGAAGAUCCUCUCCAUCACUCUCCUCCUGCUCUCGGUGUGUGUGUGCUGCCACUCCUCUGAAGAUACUCGUCGUGGACCUGGAAGUACACCACCGUGCUGCGUUGACGUCACCAAAGACAAUGUGAGUGCUGACGUGGUGGGGGAAACAUAUCGUGAGCAGGCUGCAAGGCAUCACUGUGUGAAGGCUAUAAUUUUUGACACAAAAAAUGGAAAACAACUUUGUGCUGAUCCAGACGCUCAGUGGGUCAAAGAUCUCACUGCCAAAAUGAGGAAGGUGUGAAGCCUGUCUGCUGCAUCAGUAUUUCCAGUAUUUCCAUCACCAUUAAAGGCUUAUUCAAACCAGAGCGCUUUCUCAGCCUGACUGUCUUAAAACUUUCUUUUUUGCAUUUGUAGAUUAAUUUUCACUCUUACCUGUGGAGUAACC